GUAUUAUCAAUAAGAAUUGUUCAAUAAUGAAUACAUUAAAUAACAUGACCAAUCCUUAUAACAUGCCAUCUAUGCCAUAUGGAGGUAUUUUAGAUCCAGAUGGCUGCAGAAUGCUUGCCAGAAAAAUCUUUUAGACUUAUGAUAGUAUAAAAAAGGAAAAUUUAAUAUAAAAGUCUCCAAAAAAGGAUAUAUAGAUGUUGUUGAUGUUGGAUCCAUGUUUACAGAUGCGUACAGAGCAUAGAAUAUCACGAUCAAACCUAAAGUCAAUGAGACAAAUGGUUUCAUGAAAGCAAUUAAUAGUAUUCAAUAUCUGAUUGAUAUUUAGAGAGUGCUUAGAAUAGAAUUACAUUGUAAGAUGUGGAAUAGUAUUGUUUGAAGAAAUUUUGCGGAACUUCUUAUUAGUUCAAAUAACAACAAUCAGCUAACAAGUUGAUAUUUAAAUAACAAUAGAUAACCUAAUUAUAUUGAAGAAAGACUCGAAGUAGCAAGAACUCUUUUCAAGAAGCUUGACGCAGACGGCUCUGGAUACAUAACUGAAGAUGAAGUUUAUGAAAUAAUUCGUGAAACAUACAGAUAGAUGGGUAAUUUGCUAUAUUUGAGGGUAGGAAUGAAAUAUGAGCCUACUGUUGAUGAUGUCCGAAGUUGGAUUCAUAUGACGGAUUCAGAUGGGGAUGGGAAAGUUACUUUAGAGGAUUAUGAAAACCUGGUGUUGAAGUCAUUGCAACAAUAAGCGAUUUCAUAUAAUCUAAGUUGAUUUAUUAUUUUUAUUAAUA